AUGGUGGGUGGAGAGUUCUGGAAAGGCUCUCUGCAGGAAGUAACACCCUCACGGAUAGACAGGAAGGACCAGCUGUUAGAAGAAAGGAGCACUCCCCAGCUCUCCCAAGACAAGGGUGGCGUGGUGCCCCGGGGCAAAACUAAGUCCAUGUACACCCUCGAGGAGCGAGCUGUUCAGCAAAAGCAAAAGAGAAGGGCUCUCGGGCGGCGGGGACAGACCCUCCUUCGGAAUGGGUUGGAUCGGACAAGGGAGGCUGUGUGCCGUCAGCUGCCCCACUUCUCUCUGAAGCCCAGUGGGCUCCAUCCACUGCCCCGCGGCCCGCGCGCCUCCCGGCACCAGCUGCGUCGCUGGGAGGUGAGGCACUGGGAGCGCGUGAGGCUCUCCGGGAGAAAACAGCCCAGCUUGCAUCCGAGAGGAGGCAGCAGCCGCAGGCACCGUCUGUUUCCUUACUCUGAGCGCGCGGUGCCCGGGAGAGGGCGGGCCGGGGCGCGCGGGCCGGGGCGGGGGCGCGCGGGGCCGGUCGGCGCGCGGGGGCGGCGGGCGCGGCGCUGCCAAUCGCAGACAAAGGCCGCCCCAGUGAAUCAUGUGGUGCCGGGGGAGGAAGUGCGGCUUGUUUUCUUUCCUCCAGUCUCGGGGCUGCAGGCGGAGCGCGAUGCGCGGAGACCCCCGCGGGGGCGGCGGCGGCGGCGGCCCCGAGCCCCGAUGAGGCCGGAGCGCCCCCGGCCGCGCGGCAGCGCCCCCGGCCCGAUGGAGACCCCGCCGUGGGACCCGGCCCGCAACGACUCGCUGCCGCCCACGCUGACCCCGGCCGUGCCCCCCUACGUGAAGCUCGGCCUCACAGUGGUCUACACCGUGUUCUACGCGCUGCUCUUCGUGUUCAUCUACGUGCAACUCUGGCUGGUGCUGCGCUACCGUCACAAGCGGCUCAGCUACCAGAGCGUCUUCCUCUUCCUCUGCCUCUUCUGGGCCUCCCUGCGGACCGUCCUCUUCUCCUUCUACUUCAAAGACUUCGUGGCGGCCAAUUCGCUCAGCCCCUUCGUCUUCUGGCUGCUCUACUGCUUCCCCGUGUGCCUGCAGUUCUUCACCCUCACGCUGAUGAACUUGUACUUCACGCAGGUGAUUUUCAAAGCCAAGUCAAAAUAUUCUCCAGAAUUACUCAAAUACCGGUAAGUACCGGCGGGGCAUCUCUUUCUGUG